UUAAGAAGUUUUAUAGGACAAGAAAAACUCUGUCACUCUCUUGUAAAAAGAAACCAAUAUAUUUCAAUUAACAUGCAAGAAAAAUAUCGCCUUGGAAUCUGUGGACAGGGAGAUACUGAAACUCUGUUCCAAAAUGAAAAUGCAGCAAGCUACCAAGGGUGAGCAGAGUGAGUACUCAUGCCCGGUGUUGGCGCUGUACGUGGAUCUGGUGGAGGGGAGGAGCUGCUCAAUCAGCUGCUGUUAAGGCCUCGCAGCGACUCUUCCUUUGCUCCGUGAAGCUGCCACCUUCAACCGGGAGGAGAUUUCAAACCAUGACGACUUCGUCCUUGAACGCUCUAAGGCAGGUCGUCCAGGGUUUGACCGGAGGAACCGGCUUCGAUCGGGUUCUGAAUAAGAUGACUGUUGUUUCAGCUUGUCCUGGGAAAAUAGUCUGUGAACUGAAAGUGGAACAGGAACAUGUGAACCGAGCAGGCACUCUGCAUGGAGGACUAAUCGCAACUCUUGUUGAUGUUGUAUCAACGACAGCCUUACUUAAUACAGAGCGAGCGCUACCAGGAGUUAGUGUAGACAUGAAUGUAACAUACAUGAAUGCAGCUAAACUGGGAGAGGAUAUUAUCAUAACUGCUAAGGUGCUAAAGGAAGGUAAAUCUCUCGCAUUUACAACUGUGGAUUUGACAAGCAAAGUCACUGGAAAACUCCUAGCUCAAGGGCGACACACAAAGCAUUUAGGCAGCUGAACAAAUUUUUGAAUUUCUAAAUGUGUUUUUGUUUUAUUUGUACGGAAUUAUUCUGUUGAAUAAAAUGUAAUAGAAAUUAAAAGUUUAACUUUA